AUGAUCUUUGUUAAUGUCUACAGUGACGAUGGAGGUUGUGAGGGCGAUGAUGGUUGCACAUACUUGACGAACAUUCUUCGCCUCAAACCCGAAACCCCACACCAUCCUAAACCCUCAAAUCCUGCAGGCUCGAAGCCUCAAUCGAAUCCUCAAUUCACGCCUGCAGCUGAGGCGAAAUAUGGACCAUUGCACGCACUGGCCUUGUACUCCCGCAGCAAUCGCUACGCCGUGGAAACGGCAAAGCUCCUCCUUCAAUACCGGGCGGGAACGAAUCUUGCUGACGAUGUGGACCUGUGCUCUGUCCUUCCUACGGAUGUGCAGCUAGUUUUGCUCCCGUUUGUGCAGUUCUCUCUCGAGAAAGCAAGGGAACUCCGUAAUGCCGUUCAGAGUCACCAAGUGAGAAUUCUGGAGGACAUGUUGCUAGAGCCUGCAGAUCCGAACAUGGCGGAGGAUCCUGAAUCUCCCCCGCUGUUCGUGGCUGCAAUUGAGGGCCAUGAAGAGAUCACCCGUUUGCUGUUGGAGGCCGGUAGUGCUCUGCAUGCCGGUGACGCCUUUACACCGUUAUGUGCAGCAUGCUACUUGGGUCACGCGGAAGUCGUGUCCUUGCUGUUGGAAGCUGGGGCUGAGAAGGAUGAAAUCCGCGCCGAUGGGACGCCGCUUACAUGGGCAGCCGGUGGGCCAAUUGAUCGCCAGAAGCAAUUGAAGCAAACUGUUGAUGUGCUGCUGCAGUCUCGUGCGGACGUGAACAAGGUCGAUGGAGCCUUGCACACACCCCUGACUGCUUCUGUAGAGUUCGGUCGUUCCGAGGUGGUGAAGAUUCUCCUCAGUGCUUCAGCAGAAACCAGCGUCCUUUGCCCAGGAACCGAACAGUCGCCUCUCUGCCUGGCUUCCGAAAGGGGGGACGUGCAAACGCUCCACGUGCUGCUAGAGGCCGGUGUCGACAAAGACGAAAUCAGCGCCCGCCGAACACCUUUGACCUCGGCAGUCGCUGCAGGCGAAAGGGAGGCCGUUCAAGCUUUGAGCAAGGCUGGUGCUAACUUGAACAAGGUGGAUGGUGAGUUCUACACGCCUCUUACCAGGGCAUUCUGGGGAGACCAUCACAAUAUUUUGUCGUUGCUGUUGUCUGCAAAUGCGGAUGUAGACCUGGUGUGUCCGUGGACCAGCCAAACUCCUCUCUGCAACGCUGCUCGUACUGGGCGUGUGGAGAUGGUGAGACUGCUGCUGCUGGCUGGUGCUGCCUUGGAAAGAAGAAGCUUGGGGAGCACACCUUUGACUUUGGCUGCCAGUGCAGGCCAUGUGGAGAUUGUGCGUUUGUUGAUCAUAGCUGGUGCUGCUCUCGACCGCGUUGAUCGUUGGCGAUACACGGCCCUGAAUCGAGCACGGCAGAGAAACCACCACGAAGUAACGCGCUUGCUGCUGUUGGCUGAAACCACUGCGGUGUAA